AUGGAUCAGAGAAUCGACAUUGUAAGCAUACCACCCUCGGUCAUACACCAGAGGACUCACACUGCGGAGAACCAUUUGAGUGUCUUGAUUUUGGGGGAAAGUUCACUCAGAAUUCUGACCUGCUGCAUUCACCAAAGGACUCACACUGGGGAGAAAUUGUAUGAGUGUUUGGAUUGUGGGAAAUGUUUCAGUAAGAAUUCUAACCUGGUGAUACACCAGAGGACUCACACAGGAGAGAAACCGUACGAGUGUCCAGAUUGUGGGAAAAGCUUUAGUCAUAAUUCCUACUUGGUUAUACACCAGAGAACUCACACUGGGGAGAAACCUUAUGAGUGUCCAGAUUGUAUGAAACGUUUCAAUAAUAAUUCUAACCUUUUAAAACACCAGAGGACUCACACACGAGAGAAACCAUAUGAGUGUCUAUACUGUGGGAAAAGUUUCAGUCAGAAUCUCUGGCUGGUGAUACCCAGAGGACUCACAUGGGCCAAAAAACCAUAUGAAUGUCCAGAUUGUUGGAAAAAGUCUUCCAGCACAAUUCCAAUCUAGUGAUACACAGGGACUCACACUGCGUGAGCAACCGUAUGAGUGUCCAGAUUGUGGGAAAAGUUUCAGUAAUAAUUCUGAUCUUGUG